CUGACAGAAAAGUUACCCCGUUCCUGCACAACAACGCGUCGCGGUCUGUCGGUGCGCAGAACGGCCGUCAAAUACCAGGCAGCGCUUGUCACGGCCGCGACCCGGCUGCCGUCAUUGCAUAAAGCCAAGCCGACGGCGCGGCGCGAGCAGAGUUCAGCCAUGUUCCGCGACACGACCGCGGCCCUGGCAGCAUGGGUGGUGGUGCUUUUGAUGGUGACGGCGAACGUCGCCUCGGGCGCGUCCACGACUGACGUCAUCUGCCACUACGACGACAUCGGUCCUACGGUGCGGUGCCGCCCUGUGCCUGACGCCUGCCACAGUCAUGCGGAGUGCGGCCCCGGCUACGGAUGCUGCUAUUACGUGUGCAACAAGUCAUGCCGCCCCACCUGUUCGGCCCAGUGCGAAGCGGGCACACGCUGCACACUGGACGCGGGCGGCACCACGGCCUCCUGUCAACCGUUCGUUCCUAUCUAUCGCUGAAUCGUAUGGCGUUAAAGCUGAACUUAAACGGUGAAUGUCACGGCUGCUGUCAUUAUGCGAUCGCGAUGAGGAUCUGAUCGGAGGUUAGACGGAACAUAUUGCUGACCUGCCUCCGCGUCCACCAGUGAGAGGCUGCGAGUACAUGCAACGCGGGUGUAGAAUGUAGCUGCACAACAAGAGUGAAUAAUAUGAGCUUCAUUGGACUUUCACAAUGGGUUAAUGCACUGAAAUUUUCUAAGAUUUCUAAUGACUGUGUGAGUUUCUAAUAUAUACCUUGUUCUCCGACAAGGAAAGGGUUUA